UACCCGAGUGUGAUCAUGAAUUAGAUGUACCAAUACCAGGUAUGUGUUCCAAUGAUGUUAGUCUCAACUCAAGUGAGGACACGUGUACCAGUCAGACCAGUCUGGAACCUGGUCUGCUACAAAAGUACGCGUCAUCGAUUGUUGAGCGAAACAUGGUACCGUUUGCUACAGGAGAUAAAAAAAUUGACCAAAAAAUGGCUUACAGUAUUGUAUUACUAAACACCAAAAACUAUGACGGUUGUAUUGAGCAGUUAACAAGUCUUCUAAAAGACAAUCCUAAUAUCAUUGGUGCUUAUCACGUGAGGGGUGCGGCCUACGCCAAAAAAGGUUUUCAGAGCGCAGAUUCAGCCAUAGCGGACUUAAGUAAAGCAAUACAACUGCAACCCAAUGCUCCUGAAGGCUGGGAACGAAGAGCUGAGAUUUACAUGUCUCUUGGUCGAACUAACGAAGCGCUGGCUGAUCUAACUACUGCCAUUACGCUUGUUCCAUCAGCCAAAGCUUACGCUCAUCGGGGAACAGUUCAUUUUAAAGAGGAGAAUUAUCUCGCAGCAGAGGAAGACUUCCAGAAAUCCCUGGAACUUGACAGCAAACAGUCGGAGAUAAUGCAUUUCCGUGGCUUAGCCCUGUACCACCAGGGGAAAAUAAAGGAUUCAAUAGAAGUUUUUAAUACAACGUUAAAAUUAGAACCUCUGUGUGUGGAUUGUAGAAGAAGUCUUGGACAUGCAUACAGAGAACUCGGGGACUUUGAAACUUCUAUGCAACAUUUUAAUACAGCUUUAAGUUUGCAAGAAGAUCAUGUUCAGUCUCUUCAACUGCGGGGAUCCUUGCUAUAUCAGAGCGGACGACCCCUUGAAGCUCUCAAGGAUUUCAAUAAAUGUUUGUCUGUUGAUUCCACCAACGAAGCCUGUGAAUACAUGAGAGGGCUGUCCCACGCUUCCAUUGGUCAGUAUUAUGAAGCAGUGAAAUCAAACGCAAAGGUGCAAUCCAAUCCACCGUUUUUAGGUCAAAAAACUUCCAAUGAAUUUGCCAGAGUGCUGUACAUUAGAGAAUACUCGCGUUAUUUACAUGCCAGAUUAGACACACCGGUUGCUGAAUACAGCAUGGAUUUAGAUUUACAAGGGGCUUAUAAGGAUAACUGGGCAAAGGGAUUACCAUUUAAAUAUUCUGGCUAUGAGGAACAACCAGGGUUAUCACCUGAAAUUAAUGACGUAGAAGUGUUAGAUUUUGAUGACUUGCCAGCAGAUGUGCAGAACCUAAUAUGUACGGCUUCCAGCGUGGGUUCAAUGAUGCAGUAUGAAGCAGACGGUUUUCUGCCCAAUGUACGUGUCCACCUUGCCAUGGGGUUGGCAGUCAUCGAGAUUGCCCAAACCAUUCAACAUUUCUGGAAAGCUUCGAAAAUAUCAAAAAACCAGAUUGGUAGAAAAUGGCGGGAGAUCUUUGACAUUGCUGUCAAAUGGAGAAGGGUUAUAGAUCCUGAUCAGCCUGUGCUCUGGUUAGAUUUGAUGCCCAGUAAAAGUAUACAAGCUGGUUUUAAUAGUCAUAUGCAUCUGGUCAGAGGGCAGGUAAACAACGUGAGAUAUACAAAGUAUUUUGAUGUGGUUUUUAAUGUCACUAAAAAGAUGGUGGCACAGUAUGGUGUAAACGGCAAUGGACACCGUAGAUCAGAACGCGAGAUUCUAAGCACAAUAGACAAGAUAACGACGUGUGAAGAACUCCUGAAAUUUGUCAAAAAACUUAAAGGAAAUCGAAAUGGAGGACCUGGAUUUAUGGUGGCUACAAAGCUUAAUAGUAGGAAAGAUAAAAGUCAGCGUUAUGAUGGUGUCAUGUUUACAAUGACAGGUGAUGGAAAUGGCAUCUUGUUCUCAAUUGAUACCGCUACUACCAAGAAACGAACAGAGCAAUACCAUUCAGAGCUAGAGUAUAUCUGGGGACUGUUAACAGAAGAAGCAAGGAAAGGACAGAGUAAAGAUAUGGAUGUACACAUGGAUGCAGUGAUCAACCUCAUUUUAUCAUUGGUUUACUAUUUUUAUAAUUUAAUGCCUCUGUCUAGAGGGUCAAGUGUUGUAGCGUACAGCGUUGCCAUGGGGCUGACAAUGGCUGCUGGUAAAGAAGUGUCCGGUAAAAUAGCCAAAGGUAAACUGGUGGACCUGGAAGCCAUGUUAACAGGGAAUCCAGAUGCUUUUAUAGCAAUGGUGAAAAGUUGGAUGAACUUGCAGAGGUCAACCAUAAACCUGUCAUCACUGCCCAAAAUGCACGACACAUUUCCUACACUGCGGACGAUGCUAGAGGCCCUAAAUGCUGGAGCAGACAUGUGCAAUACCUUUAACUUAUAAACAAGGCUGAAGUAAACUUAUAAACUUUUUUU